AUGUGCGUUGGGGAGGGAGGAAAGGGUGGCUGCUUGGGUGAGGGGGAGGAGGGUGUGUGGACGCAGAGUUUUGGCAUCCAGGUGCGGCGGGGGGGGCCGGCCAGGCGCGAGCCGGGCUCCAUUCCCACGCAUGGCCCAUACAAGUCUCGAAUCCACCUCGACGCCCUUCUCCCUUUCCACCAUGCACGCCCUUUCCCCCACACAAUCCACGCACCGUCGUCGCGACGGCCGUCGCGCCCAUGGCGCGCUCGAUGA